AUGGGUGCUAUGUCUAAUGUAUUUCAUCACUGGAUUACCAUACUCUACAGAGAUCUUAGGCAGCUCAUUAUUUGGCCUGAGGUAUCUGCUCUUCAAGAGAACUUACCGAAGUGCUUUAAAGGACGUUUUAGCCGUGUAGUAUGCAUCAUCAACUGUUUUGAAGUCUUUAUACAGAGGCCUAAAUCUUUUGACGCAAGAGCUGCAACCUACAGCAACUAUAAAAAGCAUAACACCAUCAAGGUAUUAAUAGGUACAUCACCCACUGGCUCUAUUACUUUUAUCAGCAAAGCAUGGGGCGGGAGAACUUCUGAUAAAUUAAUUACACAGAAGUCUGGAUUUUUAGACUUUGUUUGUUAUGGAGAUGUAAUCAUGGCUGAUAGAGGGUUCAAUGUUUCAGAUGAACUAGCUCUAAGAGGGGCACAUCUAGAGAUACCUGCUUUCACCAAAGGGAAAAAGCAACUCUCUGGAAUGCAAGUUGAAAAAUCAAGACAAUUGGCCCGAGUAAGAAUUCAUGUAGAGAGGGUUAUAGGACAAUUGAAAAAGAAAUUUAAAAUUCUCCAACAUACUCUUCCGAUUACUCUCAUCAAACGUCCUAAGGACAAAGACAUAACAACCAUAGACAAAAUAAUAACUGUUACCGCAGCAUUGGUUAAUUUAACUCAAUCUGUUGUUUAA